UGUAUUUCAACAUGCCUUUUUUUUCCCUACCUGAAUCCUCUCCACCUCUGACAUAUUCCCCGAUCUAAUUCCUAGGCUACAGCAGCAGCACGCUGUUGUGCUUCACUAGGAAGGUAAGAGGAGACGACAUACAUCUUCCACUCGCUUUCUGCAACUCAUGCGUAGAAGCCAAAGUAAAAGAAGAGUACAAGUACAAGGCCUUUACUACAGCCCAGCUACUCAAUACUGAGGAAAGAUUAGGUGACAGUCCCAACUGGAAUACAGUAUUUGUACAGCCUCUCUCCUUAAGAUACUCAAGCGCAAGAUCAGUCAGCAUCACCAAGAUUGCAAUGUACUCUACAAGGAGCAAAGUACUCUGAAUAUAAGACAACAAAAUACGAAAGAAAACUUGCCAUAGACACUGAUGGGUGUUAAAGGAGCAGAUCUUUAUUAAUGAGAUCACAUGGAACCUGAAAAGGACGACUUUCCUCAGUUAGGAGAAGAGAUGGUGAACACGCAAUCUGGUUUCUCUUUACAGGUUUUAUGUCCAAUCCGAAUUUAAUAAUGCAAGACCAACCAAGCAUGCCUUUUCCAUCAGGAUCUCUAGACGGUGAUUGUUCUCCCACAAACCAAACAGAUGAGGGUAUAAAUGAUCAAACAGGCUCAUCUUGUUUACCCAUGGACAGUUAUGGUGGAAACACACAUGAUUCUGACAGCCAGACCGAAAGAAAAAGCUCAGAUUCAUCCAUGAGCCCUGACAUUUCCUUGUCACCUCAAGAUCACAUUCCUAUGAGAUUUUCAGGGAAGGCCUCUCCAAGAGAUGAAUACAGAAGGUACAGCUGUGAUGAGCCUGCAGAAACCAGUUUUGGUAAAUUUAUCAAAGAGAAAACCCAGUUUCAUCCUUACAAGAGACAAUUCAGUGACGUUUUUCCAGAUGCUAUCCAUUCUAUGUCUCUUGGGGAGAAACCUUUCAAAAGCAUGGAUGGAAUAGACAGCUUUGAAAAUGUCUGUGGUCCAACCUGUCCUGAAGAUAAUGAGUCAUUUGCGACACACAUUCCUGAUAUAGCUGUGGAAACAGCAUGGUGUAAUUCUAUACAGUACACCAGCCACGAGGAAAGCUCGCAGAUUAUGCUGGGAUCAGAAGUAAAGCUGAAGCCACAAUCUUUGCUUAUGAGACAGCAAGAAAAAGAGCAAAGGAUGUACUGGUCCCAAUCCCCAACACAGCAGAUCUAUUGUGCCCCACAGACAUUUCCUCAGUAUUCCACAGGAGGAAGCUAUCCUGUUACAUACAUUUCUACAUCACAUUACCCUUACCAAAGGAUUGCACCGCAAGCUGGCAUGGAAUCACAGCAACCCCUGUUCCCCAAACCUAUCUAUUCCUACAGCAUCCUGAUAUUUAUGGCUCUUAAGAACAGUAAAACCGGCAGCCUUCCUGUCAGCGAGAUCUACAAUUUCAUGACAGAGCACUUUCCUUAUUUCAAGACUGCUCCAGAUGGGUGGAAGAAUUCAGUGCGUCACAACCUGUCCCUAAACAAGUGUUUUGAGAAAGUGGAGAACAAAUCUGGAAGUUCUUCCCGUAAAGGCUGUUUGUGGGCCCUGAACCCAGCCAAGAUUGAUAAGAUGCAAGAAGAGCUGCAGAAGUGGAAACGGAAAGAUCCAGUAACAGUGAGGAAAAGCAUGGCAAAGCCAGAGGAUCUUGACAAGCUGAUAGGAGAGAGAACAGAGAAACUGAGAUCCUCACUCCUGGCUUGUAACCCAUCUGGCAUCAUGAACACACCAUCCACAAUGCACAUGACCUUUCAGAGUGAACAGAACAUUUCCUCCACCAUGUCUGGAUCACUACAGACAAUGCAUGAGGUUUCUGAUUCUAUGCCUGGCAAGAAGCCCCCACCGAGCUAUACUUCACUCCCUCAUGGAUAUCCCCAGAUCUCCCCUGCAAUGAUACAACAGCCUCAUCCAAUAUCACAGAAUCAUUUUUCUCCACCAGAGAACCAAAGUGAAAUGACUACCCAAUCCAUUAAUCCCCAGGACUCUCCAAUACCUGCCCACACCCCUCCGCUUCACAACAUGAAGCUGUUAACGGAGCACUCGCCUACCAGAACCAUGCAAGACCAACUGAUGGAGGGCGAGCUGAGCAAUGACAUUGAUGCUCUCAAUCCCUCUCUUACAGACUUUGAACUUCAAGGAAACCUAUGGGAGGAACUUAAAGAUGACAGUCUGGCACUGGAUCCCAUUAACCUGAUGUCUUCCUCCCCAACUCCACCUCCACCACAUUACUUCAUGCACAAUGGGAACUGCAGCAGCAACGGAAUCAGCCCCCCUAGUAGUAACUCGCAUAUGGGACUAAGCGACAUCCAACUUACUACCGUUUACUCCUCAUACAUGGAGAUGGACUCUGUGGUGCCGUCAUACAUCAAUGGCUCCGGAUCUAAGCACGUUGCCAUUGUUUAAAGUAACUGUCUCCACAGACUAUACUGAAUAUAUGACCAAAGAUAUUUAUAUAUUUCAUUUGCAAAAUGAUUGAUGAUAAAAGCUACAUCAAUUCAGUCUUCUAUUAUAGAGAAGAUGGACAGUAUGCGUUUUAGGGUAUCGUUGUCCUACUCAGAGCAAGGACUAUAAUAUAUAUUAAAUUGCACAAGUAACACAUAAGUAUGGGCUUAGUAAAUACGUCAAGUAAAAAAAACUUAUGUAUAUAACGUAUGUUAUUUGUUAAAUUUUACAUUUUAAGUAUUUAAUAUGCUGUUAUUUGAUCAUAGCACAACUUUUUCUUUAGAGAAAAAUGUAAGAAGCUAAAACUAUUCACCAGUAUUGAAAUAUAUAAAUGACAUACAAUUGGACGCAUCAUCCAUGUCAUCCGUCCUCCAUAGAGGACAAUCUAAUACACUGAAAGGCCUCAUGCACACAACCGUAUUUUGCAUCUGCAUCUGAUCUUGCAUUUGAUGUCAUCCAUGUGCUGUCCGCAUCCGUAUGUCCUAUUUUUGUCCAUAUUGUGGACACAAAUGGUCAUUUCUACUGAGGCACAGGUUGUGUGAAUGAGGCCGGAAAAAUAAAAGAACAACACAGUAUGCCAGUGUGCACCGUAAGGUGCCAGGCAAACGGUGGAGCCAGUAAGGAGACACAUAGAGUCUCUUUGACCCUCACUACGAAGGCCCUCCAUAUGUCUCCAUCCAAUGUGUCUCUGUAUGCACUGUACUACAAAGAUAUCUGCCCUGAGGAGGAAUGUGUACCUCCAUGAUACAUCAUCUGAUGAACACGUCGGAUUGCACACUAAAGUCCCAUACACCUUUAUGGGCUCUAGAUUACAGAUUUGUGCAACUAUGGUAUGAGGCUUUAGACUGAAGAAACAUGUCUACCAUAAAUGGUGUUAAAUAACACAUACAAUAUUUCACAGUAACAUCCUAGUACGACGUAGCAUGACGUGUCAAAUGAAUGGGAGCUGAGUUACAGUCUGUCAGCACGGCCAGUGUCGGACUGGGGUGCCUAGGGCCCACCAGUAAAAUUUAUUUUGGGGCCUACCGUACGGAUACAUUCAAAUAUUACCUGCUCACACAGCACAGCAGCGAGAUGCUACCUGAUGAUUGAAUACGGGGGUCCCUGCAGCACCUUUGAGAAGGUAGGUCCUGCAGAAAAGAGGAUACUGGCUAGCUUUCCUCUAUACCUAGAAGUCAUCUCAGCUCCGAUCGUGUCUAUAAUAAUAAACUGGGGAGUUUCUUUAUACACAUAGGCUGGUUGAGGGGCUGUACAUUAAAUAUAUGUAUGUAGUGCAGUAGGUCUACUGUGUUAUUUUGCACUUGUGCAAGGGGUAGGAGACUAGGGGCCCACCUUGCUUAGAGGCCCACUGGGGGAUUCUCUUGUACCCCUCUGAGCCUGAGCACGGCCACUACACAGUGGAUGGAGGCUUUUGAUUUUAGUUCCGUCCCCUGUUAUGUUUCCAGUGGGACUGCCGGAUAGGUCAUCAAUAUCAAAAAGGUGAAACACCCCUUAAAUUUAUUUCUGCUGCACCCAACAAAAUUUUUGUUAUAGCCAGACACAAAGUCGCACUAGGAUGUCUGGAAAAUGGGCGUCCUCCAAUCAUCUGAAAUCAAGCCACACGCGUAAAAUAUUUCAUUCGCUUUUAGUUACUCAGCUCCAGAAAUGAGUGUUUCUCAAAAUGACUGAUAUAGAUGUUUUCUGUUCUGGACACAGGGGGACCUGUGUUGCACCCCUGAUAUUUUAUCAAGCAAAAUCUUUAUUACAAAGACUCAUUUCACUGUAAAACUGCGCAAAAGCAAACGACUGACGUCACGCAAGAGACGGAAAUGGAAAUUUCAGAGUCCUAAUAAAAGCAAAAAACUUUCCAGGAACUCGGAAGCAUUUCAGUUCUGUGCAUAAAAUAAUGUUUCUUCCAGCUUGUCUAGGAAUAUGUGUGAAUAUAUGCAGUUUCAUAAAGCAGGUGGCGCUUCCCUUUCAGCUGUGCACUCCUUGCUUGUUGGUGGAAUUCCUUGUUGCACUUUUAUUUCAUGAAUAUUAUGUCAUUAUUUCACUCGGCGUUGUCCUUCCUGUGGGCUCCAGCUGUCCUCGGACAAGGACCAUGUCUGAUUAUUUGUAUUGUUCUCUUAGUUUAUGUGCAGUAUUAAAGACCACAGAUGGAUUUAACGUGAUGAGUUAGUGGACAGAAUACUGGUGGCAAGGCAAAUUGUCAAAAAGUUGGCUUUGGUUCAACCACACUUUCCUUUAAAUGCUACAUAAUCCUAUUUAUGUGCCAAUCUAGCCAAUGUUAAUAUGCCCCAGUUCUGUCUCAUUUCCAGAUUGCAUUUGUACAACAUUCUACGGUAUGUUUGUGAAAUAAACUCAUCUAUCUGCAGUGGA